GGAUUCAAAUUGAGUGGAAAGCCGACCGGGUCGGUUAUUAAUCAGCGGGCGCUGCCUCAGGCUGAGGAACCGGAGCUGCGUCUUGCCGCUGCCUUCGCCAUGGCCCACAAGCAGAUCUACUACUCCGACAAAUACUUCGACGAGCACUACGAGUAUCGACACGUGAUGUUACCCAGAGAACUUUCAAAGCAAGUACCAAAAACUCAUCUAAUGUCUGAAGAGGAGUGGAGAAGACUUGGUGUCCAACAAAGUCUGGGCUGGGUCCAUUACAUGAUCCAUGAGCCAGGUAGGUAGAAUGCUAUCAUAGCAAUGAAACAGUCAGUUAAAAAUGACUGAACAGGUAAUCCUUGGAAUUAAAAGGACACCCAAAAAACUGAUAACUGCCUUGUUGCAACUUUGGGGAAACUAGCAGCAGCAGCAGAGAAGCAUUGGAGUCAUGGGCAUCCCAUGUCUAGUUUGUAGCUGUCAAACUAGAACACUGGCAAAUUGCUGCCACUCAUGUUGGAUUAAAUUUAUACAUGAACUGUAACUUGGUCGUCUUUGAACCAGAGAGAGAAUGUUAUCCUAGUGACUAUCAUAGCUGAUUUGCUAGAGAGAAUGUUAUCCUAGUGAUUAUCAUAGCUGAUUUGCUAGAAACAACAAAAGUUAAGAUUAGGAUUUUAACUAAGGGACAUAUGAAAUAAAGCAGUUGACAGUUAAACCGCAAUACUAUGAUCUUUGUGUCAAUGUAAAACUGACUCCUUUCAACCGCUACUUGCUUAUUAUGAGUGUUAGGACUAAAACUAGUACAAACAUGAGUGCAGGUUAACAUAAUUGUCUGGAAAAACUGCAGGUGCAGGUGACAUGUCAAUGGUGUUCAAAAUUUGAUGGCUGGCUGAAUUAGCUUGUGAGGUCUUCCAAAGGUCAAUUCCAUUUUUCUGCUAUUGUGGACAUUCCUUCCAACAACUUGCUGUAGUUCCGUCUCCUGCUUAAGGAUGUGCAUGUGUCACUUUGCCUGAAGGCCUUGUUUAAACAAGGAAAUUGGGUCUUAAUUAGCUUGUCUAGAAACUAGGCUAGUUAAAUCAAUGUACCCACUUGUGGGAACAUUCAUGAGCUGUUAAAACAACCAGUACUAUACUAGAAAGAGUUAGCUAGUACAGUGACACUGGCAACCCAAAGUAUUGAUGUGGCAUACGGAUGCUUUUACUUACUCAGCUAUCCUAGCAAAACAAGCUAAUAUAAACUGCAUCUACUUUAGAGUUUAGUAUCAAAAUGAUGCAAAAAGUCCAAUUUAGCUGUACUGGCUAUAGUCCUGUUAAACUAGUACUAUUUCUGUGCCUUAACAAGGUCUGCAGUGAUAUUUAUCAAUGCUCAUGCAUUAGUUACAAAUAGGGAGAUGUUGCAUUUUCCUAAAAUGCCCUGAUGGGUCACACAACACUUACCCUUUCAGAUAUAUGAAACUUGAGCAUUCAUGGAAAUAUCUAAAUAUUGUUGUUCCCCUCAAUUUUUAAUGGGUCACUCGUGCUGCCAAGGUAGAACUUAAACACUUAAGCCAAUUAGGGUAUGUCUACACUACAGCGCUAAUUUGAACUAAUUUAGUUUGAAU